AUGUCUGGACGAAGCGCCAUCGCGCGCAAAAAGAAGACGGAAGUGAGGCCGAGAAACGGCAGCAGCAAUGGGCGUCCUGCGUCGGCCACCUCGUCCAACCACUCCGACCCGAACGCCAUCCCGGACUUCCCACUCCCGCCCCUCCCGGCCGGCGUAGCGGGACCCACCAGCCCGCAGUAUCUCAACUUCCAGGCGCCAAUGGUGACGCAGAUGGGCGGCGACCCGAGAUAUGCGGCCCAGGGAUGGGGCAACAACAUGGCCAUGCACGGAGGGCCGCCCACGCCGAUGAUGAUGGUGCCGGAUCCUCGCUACAUGGCCGCGAUGCAACAGGCGCCGCCGGCAGACUGGGCGUACAACCGGCCCCGCAAGCCCUCGGUGAAGACGGACGAGGUCAGCAAUAUCGAGAAGAGCGGGUUGCGGAGCAGGCUGGACAAGCGGAGCGACGACGUCCGCAGGGGUUUGGCAAAGACGUUUGCCUUCCGCAAGAAGGACAAGGAGGACGAGGCUCCCGGCGCAAGACGAGGAAGCGUCGAGCGGCCCCCCAGCGCGGCGACGGUGAGACCCGGGACCGUUAUGGGCUACGAUGAGAACCACGGCCACGAGAACCAGGGCUACGACAAGUUUCUCAUGCCCAUCCAGACCGCGCCGCCUCCAAUGCCGUACCAGUACCAGCAACAGCCUCUGCCGUCCCCGCCGAGCCCGCAGAACCCAUGGGACACGAAGCCAAUCGGCCCGCCGCCCACGACGAAGCUGCCGCCGAUCCCACAGCCCCCGGCCGCGGCAAUGCCCACCAUCCGGCGCUGGAUCGGCGCCGGGCGACCGGUGGCGCGGUGGAACAAGCUCCGCAAGGACCCGGAGCUGUGGGAUCCCAAUGGCGACGUGCUCAUCUUCCUGGGGCGGAAGGGUCAAGCGCCGAAGCAGCCGCCCAGUCUUCGCCUGUCGUCGCAUAUUAUUGAGGCAACCGAGAGUCGCUUCCUUGUCACGUUGCUGCGCGAGGGCUCGAACGAAGAGGAUAUUUACUUGCCUCCGUCGCCCGCGGGAUAUGGAACCCAUCUUAGCUUGGGACGGGAUGGCCUCGGCCGUGAUGGCCCGCUGACACCUCCCAUCUCGGAGGAGGCCAGCUCACGCGAUGAGCUGGAGGGCCAGAUCUCAUACGAGAUGUACUUUCCCCCACCGGCGAAUCUGAACCGCGCCGACCAACUGCGGCACCAAAUCACUACGCGCAACGUCUUCGCCGUGCUGUACCAUGCCUCCCUCGUCGGCAUGUCGCUCUACCAAGCACUAUCAGACCUACAUACACGCCUUGACAGCUACAUGCCGCCGGACAACGACAACGUCGCGCAGAUCGUCAAGUACCUCUCGGUGCGCGGCAUCGACGACGUGCGCUCCGACCCUGCCACGGCUGUCUCGCUGCUGGCGUGGGCCGAGAGCCCAGAUGUGCGCUGGGAGGACGGCUGGCGCGAGAGCUUCAUCCACUGCGCAGGUAUGGACGGCGAGCUCGAGCGGUGCCCGGACAUUAAACAUACCACGCCUAUUGCGCGCGCGCUGCUGGAGCGGGCGACUCUCGAGACGCAGCUUCGCGUGCAAGCGGCUGAGGAACGACUGAGCGAGUUCUCGUAUGGAGACAUGUGGGCGGCGGCCGGGGCGGCCGCGAAUGGACCUGCACGAGGUGCUGCAGACCGUCUUCAGGAGAUGCUCCAAAGCCAUUAUACCAAGAUUUACGGAUCCUGGCCGCCAGCGCCACAGACAUCUUCACGACCGGGAUCGGCAGACGCAGACGGCGACGUCGGGGAGGAUAUGUGGCUCACCCGCACCGUAGCCAUGUCGCUGCAGCGAGACUUUGGCGCGCUGUACGACUACCUCGUCGACCGAGACAUUGUGUGGGAUGUGUCGGAGGCGCGAUCGGGCCGCAAGUGGAUGAUGGCUUCGGAGAGCGGCAACAUGGCGUUUGAGGCGGACUCGGCGGAGGCGCCUAUGACGGACAUGCUCAUCGAGUUCGACAACAAGCUGCGCUUCCCGCACAUCCCGCAUCCGUACCCGUUGAUCCCGGAGUCUAUCCCGCCGAAUGUUGCGCCGUCUACUGGCAAAGAGGGCGGACUGUUCAAGUAUAGCAAAAAGGCCGAUGCGGCGAGCAACGCCGGACCAGGUUCACGGGCCGGCGCUAUGGAGCGACGGGUGCAGCUGGCGUACACUGAGAGCACCAACAUCUACGCACUAGGGAGCGACUUCAUCCAGAGCGACCUCGUGGACGCCUUUGUGCGGUUCGAAAAGGGCGACCGCGUCGGCGAAGUGGACCCCUCGACGGCGCGGCGGGGCCGAUGGGUGCUCCUGUACGGGAUCCUCCAGACGCUGGCGUCAGUGUCAGUCGACGACGCGCGGGUGCGGCACCACGAGGGCGUCAGCUACCACCUGAACCCGCGGCUGAAGGGCACGCGCAUCCCGCCGUGGAAGCGCGGCGGCCGCCAGCGCAGCGACAACAACGGCAUCGGGGCCGACGCGCACGAGCGCUCGCACUGCUGGCUGGUGUCGCAGACGUGGGGCAGC